AUGACGCAUUUGAGUUUUGAUUUUAGUAAGCAAGAAGCCGAACAAUACGGAAAUGUUGAAGAAGUACAGGUAUUUCAACAACAGAUUGAUGACUUGGAAGCUAGAGCUUCUGAAUUGGAGCGACGUCGUUCACAGAGUAUCCGUGGAAUUAGCUGGAUUAAUCAACGUAAUAGACAAGCCAUCAAGGAAGCAAUCCUCAGUGGUCAAAUACAAAUUGAGACAGCGAAUCAAGACGACCCUUUCACCCGCAAGAAUGCUCGAAUGAAGCCUGUUUCUGGUAAAGAUAAAAUCUACCAGCAAACAAAUGAAAAUAUGGAUUCAGUUGGAGGCAGCGCUGGUGAUAGAUUCGUUAGAAAGACAAUAUCUCAGAAAGAACUAACCAGUGUGGGUAGAGAAGGAAGUUCAAGUGGUCCGGUUUCAGAUUUGUUUAAUGCCCAUAAUUUCGAUGUUGAUAUCGACAUUGCUAUACCUGUUGCUGCGAUGACUGUUACUUCCAUCUCCUCAUCAAUCAAUUCGACAGAGUCAAAUUUAAGACAGUCUGAGUCAGGCAGCAGUCGGGCAAUAUCAAACAGAGGGUCUUCGAGACCCAUAAGUCUAGAAGACUAUAAACGCCGCAAAGGUCUCAUAUAA